GUUUGCUAAUCCUAAGUAGGUGGGGCUCAGUCUAAAAUGUCUAUCCUAUCAUCAUCUCUCCUCCUCUCAGUAUGUAUCUUGUGUGUUAUUUGUGAUGAUCCUCCAGGACACAUGCAACCAUUGGGCUCACACAUGCCUCCUCUCCUUGUGGAAGAGACCACUAAAUUCCCUGACCCCAUUACAUUUUAUGAUGAUUAUGUAUACAGGAAUAGUCCAGUUAUAUUUAGAGGGAUAAUGAAAGAGACUGAGGUUUUUGCUAACUGGAGAUAUGACAGUUAUUUGAGGGAGAGGUUUGGUCAUGAGGAGAUAGGAGCUGAAAAUGGAAAGAAGGAGAAUCGCACAGCAACUGGGGAAUUAUUUAAAUUCAGUGCAUUCCUUGAUCGAUACAAUACCAGUGAUAUAUACAUGGUUGGUGACAUGCCUCUGAGUAUGCAGGAGGAAUGGUCUAUUCCUAGUUUCUUAAUAUGUGGUGGCUACACUGAGAACCUUGCAUUUAUAAAUGUAUGGUUCAGCAGUGGUGGUACUAAGUCAGUCCUUCACACUGAUAGUAUGGAGAACUUUCAUUGUGUUGUCUCCGGGCGUAAAGUUUUUGUCAUGUUUGAGCCUCAUUAUUCUGAAGCCAUCGGACCAGAACACAAGAACCUAGGAUACUAUCACAUUGAUGUUGACGCUGUUGAUAUGAUCAAAUAUCCUAAUAUAUCAAGUAUACCUUGGUACAAAGCUGUUGUUAAUGAAGGAGACUGUCUCUAUCUUCCUUAUCUCUGGAUACACCAUGUUGAUUCAUAUGGUAGGAAUAUGGCUGUUAAUGUCUGGUGGAUACAAUUUGAGUUUGACAGGGAAGAUUGUCAAAGUAUGGAACAUAGACCAGGCUUUGCUCCCAUCAAUCAAUUCUCUAUAUCUCACGAACUGCAAGUCAAGCAUUUUCUUUUAGAGUUAAAGAGACCGGAUGGUUCCAUACAUGUUGAAGAUGUAUAUGAAGCUCAAAAAAAUAGGAAUCCAACUGGUGACGCCCUGUCUUUGGACAACGUAAAAACUCUAUUUGAUAAGUUAAUUCCCGGCUGUAAUGGCGUGCUACAUGAGUCUGACUUCCGUGGUGACCGGAUUAAAAUUGACAACUAUCGUGACGUUUUACAAUAUGUUAGUCGACUCAUGGAAGAAGCAGAUGGAAUCAAUCGACCUCCCCCUAAUGAUGCCCCACCUUCUUUUGAUGCCCCGCCCCCUUUUGAUGCCCCUCCCCCUCAUGAUAACCUUCCUCCUUAUCCUCACUCCAAUUAUCCUCCUAAUGAAGAGGGUUUCCCUAAUGAUGAAGUUGAAGGCGGUGGAGAUGGUCAUCCUCAUCAGCACUCUCAUGCUCAAGACGAACUGUAAUUUUGAAUUUUGAACUCGUGCUUUUUUUAAAUUUAAAUAAUAGUAGUUGCUGUUCAUAAAACCAAA